GUUGCGACAUGGAGCUGGAGCUCCCCGUCGUCCAGUCCCGCUACCGCCAGAUCAUGCGCCUUCUCCACCCUGACAAGCGCAGUGCAGAGGCCGAAGCGUCCGCUGGCGGCAGAGUCGCCUGUGAAGAGGCCUUCCAGCGGGUCCAGAUCGCUCUCGAAGCAGCCAAGAAGGAGAUCGAGAAGGGCCCGGACCCUUGCAACAUCGCGCGGCAGAGCAUGCGGCGUAUGCAGGAGCUGCAGCGGCAGCGAACGCAGCAGGCUAUGCAGCGCCAACGUGAGGACCAGGCUGGCGUCCUAAUGAAGGACUUGGCCACAGCUUCGAGAGCUUCCCCUGAGCCUAGGCGGGAGUCGCUCCAAAAACAAAGGUGCGGCCCUUCUGCUGAAGGCGCUGAGGAAGAUGCCACCGCCCAAGAGAUCAUGCAGCUUCUG